CACACAUAUAUAUAUAUAUUCGUACCACACAAUCGGCGGACAAGGACCUCACGCCACUGAAGGAAAAACCCGACCCUGGCACGCGCUUGCAAAACACACAUCCAACACAACAGGAGUCAGCCCAAACCCGCCCCUGCGAGAGUCAUCAACGAAUUGAGAAACCAUAUUCAAGCAACACUACAGCGACGCGCCCUGCCCACUGAACGGCCAUGAGCACCUGGCGCAACCCUCUGCGCACCCGAGCCUCGAGGCCUCCAAAAACAAAAACGUGCGCAACGGGGCCCCGCUGGAUGUGCCAGUCGGGGAGCGCAAAAAAGAGCAUAUUGAGUCAGUUAUUCAGGGACUCUGCACCCUGCUCAUGCCCUAUACUGGGGUCCAACUCGAGAGCUGACCAGAGAGGGUUCACCCAGGCACUCGAAACUGGCGCCAGCGACACCCCACUGGAUGCCGGAGCGUCCGCCCUGGAGGAUGACUGCCCCAAAAAAACAAAUGCACGGAGAAAAAGAAAAAAAAAUGUCAGGACAGCACGCGAGUGGAGCCUGAAAUCAGCGGUUGCCUCAUGGACACUGCCCUGGCCGCCUGGAUCAGCGCGGCCCUCUCUGAGCCGGCCAGCAUCUGGACCGCCUCGUCUCCUGAAGCCCCCAGCCAGGUCACCAGCACAUCGCCAUCGUCAGUCGCAGUACGUCGCUGCCAGGCCGUCGCAGACACGUCGCACACGUCAACUCCUCGCCAAAACUCCGGUGACGAUGUCAGGGAGGACCGGGCCACUCCCAGGAGAAACGUCAAAGCUGAUGAUGUCAUCGAAGAGGCGGCCUGCAUACCCGAGCUCAUGAUCGAGCUAGCGGACUCGGUGACAGACGCCACUGAGCCCAGCACCAUGGAGACGAGCGCGAGGGGCCCGAGUCCCAACCAGGAGGCGAGGGCGAGCACGGUCGGGGCUGCGCCCCCCUUGGUCGGCACGGCUGCGGCCAGCCCAACUCCGCCCCAGCGCCGCGCGCGCCCGGCCCAGGUCCUGGCCUUGCCUGGGCGGGCCGUGACCGAGCGCCUAGGAGCCGCGCGCGGUGCCAGUCGGCGCGCCGCUCGCCGCGCCCGACCAGCCGGGGGGCCCUGCUGGCCGCGGCGCCGCCCGAGCAGAGGUGCAGGACCCCCGGCUGCCUGGCGCCCGGAGCGGGGAAUCUCAGGUCCAGCUCCAGGGCGCAGGCCGGCAGCGAGGCGCCCCGGAAGUUGACGGCGAGGUAGGCCCCGUCCGGGAGUCCGGGCCUGGCGCCCCCGCCUCGACGACCUCGCACAGCGCCGCGCCGCCGACCUGGCCCGUCGGGUCGUGCGUCGGCGUCUCCAGCGCCAUCCCAGCCGUGAAGGCGCCGUGCUGAAGGGCUGGCGAGCCCAUCCAUGGGCCGUCCACCAGCCGCGCCAGCGCCGCCGCGCCGCCUCCAG